GUUUUUUGUUGCUUGAUUCACGACUUUCUUUUUCCUUCUGGUCGUGGAUCCGUGUCUUCUGCCCCCACUUGCAGAGGCACGAUUUUUCUCCCUCUCCCUCUCCUCCCUUCCGUACUCCCCCCCUCCCCCCUGCUCUGCGCCUUUGGCAUCCGGAGCCUGCGUCGAGACCGUGAGCGAUGGCCUCCGUAUCAGCUCCCACGCCCAAGCUGGACCGCUACAUCGUCGUUCAUGUGGCAACUACCUGCGAUGAGCAUGGCGUCUACGUCACCAAGGACUCUGCAGAGGUGAUCGAGUUGGGGUGGAUCUUGUUGGAUACCAAAACCUGCGAGGAGUUGCACCGCGAGAGUGUCCUCGUCAAGCCCGUCAACACCCCGAUCACGCCGCUUUGCACGAGCCUGACAACGCUGACCUGGGAGCACGUCCGCUCAGCAGGCAGCUUCCGCGAUGCCAUCAACCGGUUUGACGCCUUCGCCCAGGAACACCUCUUGGAUAGGAAGCUGGAAUUCGCCUUUGUGACCUUGGAUUCGUGGGAUCUUCGGGUUCAGCUGCCCCGAGAGGCUCGAGAUAAAGCAGUUGUCCUUCCCGCGUACCUUCAACACUCGCGGACAUUUGACCUUCGCACCGAGUACCAGAGAUGGCAAACCCACCACCCCGAAUCUCUUCCCUUUGGUCCCAGCUCUCUCUCCAACAUCUGUGCUGCGCUCGAAGUCGAACCCGUUCAGUCCUCUGCCCCGAUCAAGCAUAACCUUCCAUUCCACCUGCAGGCUUUGGCGCCCGCUUCCCCCCGUCGGGCCAUGGACGAGGCUGUUACACUGGCCCGAGUUCUCCGGGGGCUGAUUAGGAAGUCUCAGCCCGCUCAUGAGCAUCCGGAGAUUCUUACUCGGCCAAUGGAUGCGAGAGCGGAUGUUCGUGCUUUCUUGGCAGAGCGUAGCAAGGUGCUUCAUCUGAGUGGUCUGCCUCACGAUACUACUCAGUCAGAAUUGGAGAGCUGGUUUACCCAGUUUGGCGGUCGCCCGAUCGCUUUCUGGACUCUUCGUACUCCGGACCAGCACAAACCGACCGGUACCGGAUUCGCCGUCUUUUCAUCUCAUGAAGAGGCUGCGGAGAGCCUCUGCAUGAACGGACGUGCCCUCAAUGAGAAAGCCAUUGAGGUUUCUCCAUCAUCUAGCCGUGUUCUUGACCGAGCAGCAGAGAUUCUAACCCCGUUCCCCCCGUCGAAGAACCGCCCUCGACCCGGAGACUGGACCUGCCCCUCUUGUGGGUUCUCCAACUUUCAACGCCGUACAGCGUGCUUCCGAUGCUCUUUCCCUGCGAUAGCCGCUAACCCUGACCCAAUGGCUUACGGGUACGGCUAUGGGCCUCCCUCGAUGAUGCCACCCCACGUUGGCGGCCAUGGUCACGGAAUGGGACACUCUCGUGGCGGUAAUGGUGGAGUGGUUCCAUUCCGUGCGGGUGAUUGGAAGUGUGGUUCUGAGGGUUGCGGUUACCAUAACUUCGCCAAGAACAUCAACUGUUUGCGCUGCGGCGCCCCUCGAUCAGGAGCUGCUGUCGUUGCCGACUCGGCGUUUCCCUCCCCAAUGGACCCUCCGUCGAACUUCGGCCACAGCUCCAUGAGCAGCACCCCAGCACCUGGCCCAUUUGCUUCCACCGGCGCUGCAUUUGGCGGAUUCAACCAGCCUUUCGGAGGGCAUCCUGCUACCUAUGGACUCCCUUCCGGCCUUGGAAGCGCUCCUGGCGCGUAUCCACCUAUGGGGCAGAUGACCCCCGGUUAUGGUUCAACAAACUCCUCUCAUGCUGCCGCCUCUUUCGCCAACCCGGCAACCCAGGCGGCUUUCACUGGAGCAGACCACACCUCCUCCACUAGCGCCUCGAACGGAAACUUCUAUGGGAACGAUGGCUCUAACGACCCUUUCGCCUUCCUGUCCUCGGGCUUAGGUGGGUUGACUGUAUCGGAUGAUGCCCAUUCUCGCCGAAAUGGUGCUGGUUCCAGCAAAUCGCCUGCAUAAACCAUCGCUUUGGCUUGAAUGAA